AAAUCUGUACCCCACAAGCGCACGUUAUCACGGUGCGCUGUCCAAUACUGGAAAGCUAUGAGUGCUCGACUCAAACCCACAACCAGCCGAGAGCCCAGACUCCCUCCGCUUCGUGUCCAUGUCUCUCGGGACCCCAACGAAACCCUAGUCCUUUUCCGAAAUAUCACAAUGGCGAGGAAAGCCUCUCUAGCCAAGAAUGCCCUUGCCACAGCCGCUGUUCUAUUCGCCAUCUACGUCAUCUUCAACAUAUUUCAUGGCCCCACCGCCACCUCCAAGCUUGGAUCGGCUCUACCCCUCGGCACCGGUGAAUCGUAUUCGAUCUCACUCAAUUCCAUGAAGAAUCUGCAGAACAGUGCCGGGAAUCCUGUCAGAAUUUACCUCUAUGAUCUCCCCACGAGGUUUACUUAUGGAGUCAUUCAGCACCAUUCAUUAGCACGCGGUGGUAAACCGGUUGAUGACCUCACCAAGCUCAAUUACCCUGGUCAUCAACACAUGGCGGAGUGGCACCUCUUUAAGGAUUUGCUCCGACCCAAUUCAGAGCGAACUGGAUCGGCUGUGGUUCGGGUUUCGGAUCCGGAUGAUGCUGAAUUGUUCUACGUGCCUUUCUUCUCGUCAUUAAGUUUGAAUGUGAACCCAUCUCGGCCGGCAGCGGAACCGGGUCUUGACCCGGUCAGACCGGCUUACAACGAUGAGGAGACGCAGGAGGCGUUGGUUGAAUGGUUGGAGGCCCAGGAAUACUGGAAGAGGAACGAUGGGCGAGACCAUGUGAUCAUAGCUUCGGAUCCCAAUGCGCUGUAUAGAGUGAUCGAUAGUGUUAAGAAGAGUGUUCUACUUGUUUCCGAUUUUGGUCGUUUGAGGCGGGACCAGGGAUCGCUUGUCAAGGACGUGAUUUUGCCAUACUCUCAUCGAGUUAAUAUUUACCAGGGAGAUAUCGGUGUCGAAAAUCGCAAUACAUUGUUGUUCUUCAUGGGCGCUCGAUACCGCAAAGAGGGAGGCAAGGUUCGUGAUUUGCUUUUUCAAAUACUUGGAAAUGAAGAUGAUGUUACAAUUAAACAUGGAGUACAAUCCAGAGAGAGCCGACGUGCUGCUUCACAUGGGAUGCACUCAUCGAAGUUCUGUCUAAAUCCUGCUGGUGAUACACCAUCAGCCUGUCGUUUAUUUGAUUCCAUAGUCAGCUUGUGUGUGCCUGUUAUUAUCAGCGAUGAGAUUGAGUUGCCUUUUGAAGAUGUUAUAGACUACAGGAAGAUUGCUAUAUUUGUUGAAACCACUGUGGCUUUGAAACCGGGGUUCUUAGUGUCAAUGCUGAGAACAAUAACCACUGAAAGAAUUCUAGAAUAUCAGAAAGAGUUGAAAGAGGUGAAGCAUUAUUUUGAUUAUGGAAGUGGAACAGUGAAUGAGAUCUGGCGUCAGGUGGCACAAAAAGUACCUUUGAUUAAAUUGAUGAUUAACCGUGAUAAAAGGUUUGUCAAAAGGAAUUUGACUGAACCAGAUUGCUCAUGUCUCUGCUCAAACCAGACUGGCAUUCUAACGAGCUAUUGAGGCAACUUUUGUCAGUGAAACAAUGGUGCUAGUUGUACCAUCAUACAGUUUUUCUUUCUUCAAACUACCAUUUCAUCAGUUCAGGAGCACAAAAUUUCCAGUCUCGUGUGGUUGGUUUCAGAAGUUACAUUGCAAAAUCUUUAUCCGGGUUAAAAGUGCUCAAGUUCUGCCAGAGUUUCUCUUUUCUCUUUCUUUUCUUUUUUCAUUUUUUUUUCACAAGAUUGUAUAGCCUUUGCUCUAGGAUGUAGAUUCUUUUUACUAAUUAUUCUAUUUUUUUUUUUCACAGAUGUUAGGUAAUAAAAUACUUAGAUAUAUCUGAUUCUCAAAAGCAGUCACUCUGCUCUAUAGCUCUUUCAAAUUUGUAUCCCUAUUACAGGGCUGAUGAGAUGAUAUGUAUACAUUCUAUACAACCGACUAUGAAAGCAUAGUUCUUUAGAAAAGACUAUGAAAACAUAGUUGUUUUUUUUUUCAAAAGAAGUAUAGGUUUUCUUUCUC